AUGAUGGCCACAGGAGCGAGCGCCCAUGUCCACCGGGCCAUCAAUCGGCCUCAUCUUCUUGCUCGAAAUGAAUCCCAUCUCAGUGUUCGGAGCCAGGGACACGGCCAGCUGAGAUUGCGACAGCUUUCCAGACAAAAGAUUCAUACAGCAUGUCGAACCGUCCUUCCUCUUCGAUCCUCUCUCGGACCUCUCUCAGCAAAUACUACCCUUGCGGCUCGCAAAAUAAUACGUGGAAAUGGCCCAUACGCCCCGAACUGCCCGACUGCGCGCGGACUUGCGAACACAAGUCACUUGGGAUCCCAGGAAGCAGCUGAGCAACGAACCGAAGAAGAUCGUUCUCCAACAACAGACCAGAAGAGAGUCCUCCCCUCGCUAAGGACGGGGAAAACGCCUUCGGCAUGGCAACGUCUGCUGAGGAGUAUCCCCAACGGGCCUGGAACUAGCAGCGAGAAAUCUUUCAAGGUAUCGGAGAAUCUCGACGAAUCCAACCCGGACAACAACUCACACUCUCUCAUGGAAAGCAUUGAGAAUGCUCUUCAAAACAGCCAAAGUGUUCAAAAGAGCCAAAGUGUUCAAAAGAGCCAAAAACAAGCUUUACGACUCAAAGUCUCAGACGACUUGGCUUUUGCACUUGGAAAAGAUGCAACAGCGAAUCUGAUCCAGGCGAAUUCGUUUAUGAAAGCCCAGAAACCUUUCCGGAAACUGUUACCGGAAACCCCGGGAUCGAAAAUAAAGAACAAAAAGCCCAGUAAACCCAGGGUUUAUGACUUCUCGCGGAGGGAUGAGGAACUGAAAAACAGCAAAUCUAAAGCCGAGAGUUCGUUAGAUCCCAACCAUCAGGCCAUGCGCAGACAGGUUGAGGAUCUACCCAUCCGCCAACACAAAGAUGAGCUGUUGAACCUCAUCAAUAACAACGUCUACAGUAUAUGCAAUGCACAGACUGGGUCCGGAAAAUCCACCCAAGUCCCUCAGCUUAUUCUGGAUGACGCAAUUUCGAAAUCGAAAGGCUCAAAAUGCAGGAUUCUGGUUGUUCAGCCUAGGCGCAUUGCCACAACUCGGUUGGCGCGACGAGUGGCUGCAGAAAGACACGAGAGCAUCGGUAAUACCGUUGGCUACUCAGUACGAUUCGACCACCGACCCGCGAAGCCUGCUGGGAGCAUUACCUUUUGCACCACGGGGAUGUUGCUGAACCGGCUAAGAUCAGAAAGAUCGCCCCUCGACGACUUCUCCCACAUCAUCCUCGAUGAGGUUCAUACCCGUGAUGUUAGCCUUGAUCUCGCAAUGAAGGUGUUGAGGGACGGAAUUGAUCGACGCACUAAGGCCGGGAAGGAUUGCCCAAGGCUGAUUUUGAUGAGUGCAACGGCUGAUAUUCCCCUUUUCUCGUCAUAUUUUCAAGUAACAACAGAGGGGCAAGGUCCGAGUCCUGCUCCUCAUAUCACCAUUCCUGGACGCACUUACCCCGUUAAAAAGCACUAUCUCGAAGAAGUGAUUCAAAACUUGGCUCUCUCCUUGCCACCAUAUGUGUUGUCGGAGCUCAUUAAGGCCCACCCACCAACCGAGGAAUUCUUGAAUGCGCACUUCAAAGUGUGGGGUGAUCAGAGUGCAAAUCCGGGGUCAUUUGUCCCCCGGUCAACUCGCAUAACGGAUGAACUUAAGAUCGCUUCUGGCUUGGUAUCUGCAACAAUCAUGUCCCUUUUGGCAAAAAAGAAGCAGGGUGAUUUCCUUGCCUUUGUCCCCGGAAUGUUCCAAAUGAACGAAAUAAUUUCUCAACUGCAGGAAACUGGUCCUCUGAUGGGCCUUGAUUUCGCGGAUCCUAGUCGGUUCAAAAUCAUCCGGUUGCAUUCAGAAUUGCCAUUGGAACAACUUGAGCUUUCAGUCGAAGUCCCCGAAGGCUGUCAAAGGAUCAUUCUUGCUACAGAUAUAGCUGAGACAUCUCUCACCUUGACAGGUGUCAGGCAUGUCAUUGAUACUGGCAAGCACAACCAGCGCGCAGUUGACACUGAACUAGAAUAUAGUGCCAUGUAUCCCCGCUGGGUCGAUAUGGCUUCUGCGGAACAGCGUGCAGGGCGGGCGGGCAGAGUCCAGGAGGGGGAUUAUUACUUCCUUGGGUCCUCCAAACGAUUUGAGAACUUGCAAAGUUCAAAAACGGCGGAAAUGCAUCAAUCGAGCCUCGAGGAAGCAUCCCUCCACCUCCGGAAAAUGAUUACUUCUGAAGUGCCACUUUCGACUAUUUUUAACGAGACCAUUGAACCGCCCAGUGAAGACAGGGUCGCCUCCGCAGUGCAGAAUCUGAAGAACCUAGGAGCAUUUGACAUCAAUGAAAAUCUCACUGAACUUGGCAUCAUCCUCGAAAAACUGGACAUGGAUCCUGCGUAUGGAAAAAUGAUCCUUUUGGGGGCCAUAUUCAAAUGCCUAGAUCCCAUGGUGAUCAUUGCAAGUCUUGGGCCAAGGGGAGGUGGAAUAAACCGACGCCGCCCCACAGGAGCCGAUCGCGAGCAUGUGCAGCGCGUGCGCGAAAAGCUCAGUAAUGGCACGUUGAGCGACCAUAUGGUUUAUAUCAACUCCUUCCGAGCCAUCCGUGACCAUCGGAAUAAAUCCGUUGCAGAGAUCGUGCAGGAUGGUACCCUGGCCGAGGGAGUUAACCCUCACUGGAAUAGAAGUCUCAAGGCGAUUCAGGAAGAAUUUGCCGACUCGCUUUUGCUGGACUCUCGCGCGUUCACGACUGCUGCCGCCUCGGGCCAUAUUAUAUUGGGGAAAAUGCGUCAAGCCAAUAUUAAGUUGGUGACACUACGAGCAUAUCUGAUCCAGUGGCAAGCCAAAGGUCAAUCCCUACCUUUUGGCACAGAAGACGCAAACCGCAACUCCGACAACACAAAUCUUAUCAAGGCAUUAUUGGUGCAUUGCCUUGCGCCCAAUUUGGCCAUUCAGAAAUCGUUCAGUCGAAAAGUUCUCGUCAAACCCGGGGUCCCCUUAGAUGGUACCCCUUUUCCGAGAAGUGGCCAGCCUCUUGUCCAUGCGUACGCCGAGAAGUUCUUCACCCAAACCUCGGGCAUGAAUAUAGCUGAGUCGACUCGGGUCAGUCCAUUGACUGCCUGCAUCUUAUCAAAUAAGUUGGAGGUGGAGCAGGGGCAGGAGCAGGGGCAGGAGGGAAUUGUUUUAGACUCGUGGCUACGCUUCAAAGUCUUGGGUGAAAGUUUACCAAACAAAGAGGUUGCAGAAGAUCUGGUCCAGCACCACAAGGUUCUCAACGAUGCUCUCCACACUGCUUUCGCCACAUUCACCUUGGACGUAGAGAAGCUCUCCCGCAAAGACAAGAAAAGGUUUUAUGCUGCGCAACAGCGCCUCUUCGCCAGUCUCCGGGAAGCAAUUGAUGUCAUUGUCGGCAUGGAUUCCCCCAUGCCGUCCGUCGAGGGGCCAAGCCGCUGGUUAGACGAAUUUGACGAUGAGGAGCUUGGCGGAUAG